AUGGUGAGGGAGUUCGUUCCGCUGGGAUUCGCAGAGGGUCCAGGGCAGCAGUUUCCCCUGUUUGUGGUGCUCCUCGUGAUCUGCAUCUUCACCCUGAUGGGGAAUCUGGGGGUGAUCUUGCUAAUCAGGGUCAGCAGCCAGCUUCACACUCCGAUGUACUUCUUCCUCUGCAACUUGUCCAUUGUCGAUAUCUGUUACUCGUCGGUCGUCACCCCAAGAUUACUAAUGAGCUUCCUAGCAGAUGGGAAAUCAAUGUCCUUCAAGGCGUGUUUUUCGCAGCUCUACUUCUUCGUCGCCUUGGUGUGCACCGAGUGUUUCUUGCUGGCUGCAAUGGCUUAUGACCACUUCAUGGCCAUCUGCAACCCACUGCUCUGCUCUGCAGUCGUGUCAAAGAAGGUCUGCGUCCCGCUGGUCGCCGGCUCGUCACUCAUCGGCUUCACAAACGCCAUGAUAACAGUCUGCUUCCUAAGCAGGCUGCAGUACUGUGGCUCUAACAUCAUCAGGCAUUUCUUCUGUGAUACCCCUCCCCUAUUGCUCCACGACACCGAAAUGAUCAUCUCUUUCCUGACUGGGCUAACGGCGGCCGGCUCCCUCCUCAUCAUCCUCUUCUCUUACCUGUCCAUCCUGUCUGCCAUCCUGAAGAUCCGUUCUGCUCACAGCAGACACAAGGCCUUCUCCACUUGCACCUCCCACCUUACAGCCGUCACAGACUUCUACGGGACUCUGAUAUUUACGUAUCUAUGUCCCAACGCAAGCUACUCCUUGGGUUGAGACCAAGCGGCAAGCGUGUUCUACACGGUGGUGGUCCCGAUGUUGAACCCUCUGAUCUACAGCCUGAGGAACAAGGAGGUGAAGGGGGCUUUGAGGAAAUCCAUUUUUAAAAACUCAUUCAACAUUCUACUUAAUUGCACCAUAAGCUAA